UUCAACUUCUGGUGGUUCUAACACAAAGACACCUGUUGAGGAUAAAAUGAAAACAGCAAAAGAUGAAAGCACAAGUUCCAUGCAGCAAAAGAUGAAAGCUUCACCUUCUGGCUCUGAGGAUAAUGUUAGCUAUGGAACACAAAGAAGUGAAUUUCAAGAUUUUGAUUCUUCAACUUUGGUGGGGCUUGAAGUGCAUUCAUCAGCUGCACAGUCUCAAAUUGUUGGAACAUGUAGCACCCCAUUAAAUGCUAAUGUCCUUGAGCAACAAGAAUCUCGAUUGACUUCAGCCGCAAUUUCAUUAGAUGAUCUAUAUAGUUUUGUGUUUGCCCCUGUUGAGGAAGAGAUGGCAGGAGAUGCUUCGUACUUGGUUGCAAUCAUCAUUGAAGUCCUUCGCAGGUAUUUUGCUCUUGUUCAGGAAUCUCCAAAUGCACUAUUCUCUAAUAAAGUGGCUGCCCUUCUUCUGUUAAAGAAUUAACACAUCCAUGGUUAAGCUG